CUCCAUCCUCUUUUCUAUAAAAAACAUCUUAUUUCUCACGAGCGACAGAAGAGAGAAAAACAGGAGGCGCGCGUGACCGCUCUUCGCCUAUAAUUGACAGUCAGUCAGGGAUUUACCAAAACUGCAAACCACAAACAUUUGACUAAAGGUGUCAUAUCCAUCCGAUAAAUAUGGGUUGCUUUGGAUUUUUGAAAACCAUGAUGUUUAUCUUCAAUGGUAUCAUCUUCCUGGCAGGAGCAGCUAUUCUGGGAGUGGGGAUCUGGGUGAAGGUGGACAGUGGGUCUGUCCUGAGUUUUCUGCAGAAUAUACAAGGAGCCCCAGGCGAGCUGGGGCAGGUGUUAAACGUGGGAUACCUCCUCAUCGCUGUGGGCGCUGUGCUGCUCAUCCUGGGCUUCCUGGGCUGCUGGGGAGCCAUCAGAGAGAGCAGGUGUAUGCUGCUGCUGUUCUUCAUCAUUAUUCUGCUUGUGUUCAUCGCUGAAGUCGCUGGAGCCAUUGUGCUGCUGGUCUUUAAGCCUGUGGCUGAAAACCUGAUUAAACAGUUGGGAAGCGAAGCUGUGAAAAGCAUCAGAAACGAUUAUGGGAAAAAUCCGGACGUCACUGGACUAUGGAACACGACCAUGACCACGCUGAAAUGCUGUGGCUUCAACAACUAUACGGAUUUCACGAAUUCUUUCUUUGUGAACGACACCAAGAGUUACCCAUUCCAGUGCUGUAAUAGAGUUCCAUGCGUUGAGUUCACAGCUUUUAAUUCGACUAUUCCAGGUUGUUUCCCGGCGUUGAAGAAGCUGGUAGAUGAUAAUGCAGUUAUCAUCAUAGCUGUGGCAUUAGGCAUCGCUGCUCUUGAGCUUGCGGCGAUGAUCGUCUCCAUGAUCCUGUACUGUAAAAUAGGAUCAAAACAGGAUUAAUGCCUCACCUUUAUCUUCGAUAUCUCUCUCAUGACUCCUCUGGUUUCCUGAGGAUGAGGUGGAUCAUCUGUCUUAAUAUCACUGUUACUUUAUCAACAUUUUCCAAUUGUAUCAAACAGUAUGACGUCACAAGUCUCUCUGCAAAAAACUAAAUAAAUUCAGACUGUCAAGCCUAAA